AUGUCGCUCUGCAUGUUGGUCGUUAGCGUUGUUGUCGCGCCCAUGGCUCGUUGCAGCAAUCAUGCAAUCUACCCAAAAGCACCAGACUCAUCCACCAACUCUUCAAGUGCACCAGCAAACACUAGUUCCAAGUCCCAGGGUGACUAUACUAAUGAGAGCGAUUGCUAUAUGUGUAUGAGCGCGCAAGCUCAAGAAAGCAAUGAACCCUGCUAUCAAUGCAAGAACAAACAUGAAUUAUCUCAGUUCUAUAUCAAUUCACUCCCAAUCACUUCUCUUCUUCAACAAUUCCAAGUGACACUCGCGCUACUCGAGUUAUACAACGAGGAGAAUCACACCAUACAAGUUUCUUCAUGGAUCUAUCCUACAUCCUGCUUCACACAAGACACCACUGGACUAGUGUUUAAGGGGUUCAAAUACGUCGCAGUGGAUUUCAGCUCGCUGAGCUACGCGGCCUCUACUGGGAACCUCACCUUAACCAAAGCUCUUCUUCAAUCCCGUCAACUGGGACGGAAUCCAGACCUCACAGAUGCCACAGAGGCACUCAGCAUCGCCGGCUUCUUCGGUCAAUUUCCCGUUGUAACACUACUCCUUUCAAUGGGAGUUCGCGCACACUCCCACGUAUGCUAUAACAUACUACACGCUGCAGCUUAUCACGGCCAGCUCAGCCUAAUGGAGGACCUCGUUUGUAAAUACAAAAUCGACGCCAACGUUGAGGAUCAAUUUGGUGCGACCCCAAUACUCUGCGCCAUAGGUGGACAAUGCCGGAUUCUUGCAGGACGAUCCAUAGGGAAGUUAAUAGAAUUAGGAGCCAAUCCUAACCACAACAUCAUGGGUAGGAGCUAUGCCGACUAUGCUAAAGCUAUGGGAAAGGAUGAAUUGGCAAAUCUCAUAAAGCUCAUGGCCGAGAACGCUAUUAGCCCCAUCAAAGCCUCGCAAGGAGAAGAGGAAUCUUCCUUUCAGAUAGCUGGGGGAUCAGAAUAA